AUGCUCGCGAACAUUAUUUUUUAUUUGCGAGACACCGCCCGGACAUGGUUCGAAACGCAUGAGGAAGAGAUAACCUCUUGGGAACUCUGUAAGUCCAAACUUCAAGACCUUUUUGGACGUCCCACCGGGCGUAAGCUGUCUGCGAAGCGUAAGCUGGGUUCCCGCGUACAAACAUCUACAGAGUCAUAUGUCACCUAUAUACAAGACGUCAUCUCUCUCUGCCGCAAGGCUAACCCUGAGAUGUCAGAUACUGACCGCAUCGAGCACAUCCUAAAAGGCAUAGCAGACGAUGCCUUCCAGCUGCUUGUAAUCAAAGACUGCUCGACGGUCGACGAGGUCAUCAAGGAGUGCCGCCGGUUCGAAGCUGCUAAAACACGAAGGAUAGCACACAAAUUCAACCGCUUGCCCAACACACCAGCAACAUCAUCUUGCGAAGACACAGAUGCCAGUUCGGUACAGAUUACCAAAAUCGUACGCCGAGAGCUGGAAGCAAUGAUGCCUAGUGAGGGUUCCUCUCGCCCUUCCGAGUCGCCGAACGUAACAGUAUCAAUAGCUGCUGUUCAAAGUGUCGUCAGGAAGGAAAUGGAGAAGCUCUGCGCUUCUUCAUGCCCCCGCUUCCAACCCACCGCUGACCAUCAUAUUUCUGAUCAUUGCCCCUGCGAACCUCCAACUGCAGCGACAGUCUUCAGACCGCCCCAACGUCGGGACCCAGCCGCAUGGAGAACACCCGACAAUCGGCCAAUUUGUUUCCACUGCAACGUGUCCUUAGAAGCUGUCCUCACGAAACCAUCCUUGGUUGGGACUUUCUGGCCACUCACUCUGCUCUCAUUGACUGCGCUAAAGGCGAAAUUUAACUCGAUGCUACAGAGGCCUGCGGUGUCUCAGACCCCAUUGGAGCAACGCUGUGCUGUCUUGAAACAUCACGCAUACCGCCAUUGUCGGCUGUAG